GCGCGUUCAACUGGAAACCACUCUUCCAGCUUUGGCACCAAAGUGGCGCACCACGACAUGCACAGCUGAAUGAGGAGUGCGCCUUUGAAGAUGCUUGACUGUCGAACCACAAUUUCUGGUUGAGUGACAAGCCUGCUGUCCAAUCGCCACCAUGAUAGCCACAGGUGGCCUGCUGCGCAUGAACAGGCGCCAGGAUUCACUCCGCUCCAAAAACCGAGCGGAAAACAAACGGAAGCGGAAAUCCAAGAAAAAGAAGAAGAACGAUGUCGUGGUGGUGAAGGGGAAGCUCAAUCUGUGCUCCCCGGCAGGUUUGGUGGCCGCUGUUGGAGUUAUAGUUCUCAUGGUUGGGAUUUCCAUGGCCGUGCUGGGCUACUGGCCCAGCCAGAACCAACAUGAGUACCAGGAGCGCCGCAGAACUGGAGCAUACCACCCCAACAGGAUGAGUUACUCCAAAAGCCCACCUGUUUCCUCCAACGUCACCAAUGAUAAAUCUCCUUCCGGCCAGAAAAAUUUAUUAAACCAUAGCCAUUCUAACAGCAGCGUCCCUGACCCCUCUCCUCACUGUGGCUUCCUCUGUGACUUUCUGAAUAAUUACCUGUACUCAGACAAUCUGAAAGUCUUUGGACCGCUGGUAAUGGGAAUCGGCAUUUUCCUCUUCAUCUGCGCCAAUGCAGUACUCCAUGAAAACCGAGACAAGAAAACCAAAAUCAUCAACCUGAGGGAUAUCUAUUCCACAGUUAUCGAUCUGCACAGCAUACGGUCAAAGGAGUACUCUCCUCUCAACGGUUUGGUGAACUACACCCAGUCGAGGAGUGCCGAGGGCCCGUCGGGUUCAUUCCCUGCAAGUGGGAUGCUCGCUCGCAGUUCCUGGCCCUCCACUGGACUCAGUUUCCAGAGCGAGUUAGGUGGUGACGAGGUUUUCAGACGCCCGUCAUUGGCCAGCAGGCCGCGCAGCUGGUCCAGAGAUGUGCAGACAUUCACAGACACUGUCUACAGCAUCUACAAAGACUACAGCAAUAGCAGCGAGCAGGCCCCACAGCCCCGACAGUGGGAGACCACCUCCAUUGUCACCUCCUCUGUGAACGCUUUCACCCUUCCUGUCAUCAAACUGAACAACUGUGAGGUGGAGGAGUCUGAGAGAGCAGAGGCAGAGGGGCGCUCAGAAGAAGGGGUCGUUAUUGAGACAUCUGCUGAAAACAUUAGAGAGGAAGGACAGGCCAUCAGCAGCCAGAUUGACGAGACGGAUGCCAAGGAGAAGGACGCCUCAAUGACGGAUCCCCCCCCUCCCCAGCAGAGCCAUGAAGACACAUCCACAGACGCAGCUGACCAACAGGGGGCGCAGCAGGCCCAGACUCAGCUCCAGUGGACCCCACUGUUUCCUCCAUCACCUGUUGCCAGGGCGAUGGGGUCACGGCUGUCGCUCAACUCCCUCACGGAUCAACCUAGGUCUGCACGCCGCUGCAGCCUGUCUGUGUCUGUGUGUCGUCAAGGCGACAGAGCCAGGCGCUUCAGCUGCCCUCGUCUGGAGCGCUCCAACAGUAAGGGCUACAUCAAACUGACUGACCUGGGGGGCGAGUCCUUCGAAGCCCCUGACACAGACACUUCUUUAGUGGCCGCUGAACAGAAAGUAGCAAAGGACGCAGCAGCAGCAGAAGCUCAGGGAGAGGAAGACCUGGUCAUACCCAACACCUCUGCAGAAUCCUAGACUCAUUUUUGCUGACGAGCCUCUUAAAACUCUUUGAUGUCUUGUUCUUUGCUUCAUACCUUCUUCUCUGGUUGCUGUUGUGAGGCUUGCCAUUACAGAAGAAAGGAAACGCGGAGAGUAAGCAGCUAAGGACUAUUGAAACAUAGCCAUGAACACUCAAGGGCAAGGCUCUUUAUAAAUAAACCACAUCCACAGCUCAAUAUUCAGAUGUAAUUUUUCUAUUUUUUCAAUGUAGCAAGAGCAAUACUAAAGACUUGUAAGGAGUUUUAGUAAUGAUUUGUAAAAAAGAAAAAUCCUAGACCAGAUCUGAUUUGAAAACAAAGAUGAGGUUUAGCUUUUUUUUUGUAUAACAGUAGGGCAAACAUUGUAGCUUGUAGAAUUGCCAAAAAAAUGUCACUGAAAACUACUGUACCACCUGUCGUACUGUAGCAUUAAAAUAUGCCACAGAAACCUAAAUAGUCUAGAUUUGUUUCUCUACAUUGUUAUGUGAAUACCACGUGAAUAGGUGAACUGAAUUGAAUCUCAGGUAGACGUUUGGUUUAGGAUCGGGACCUUGAGGACGAGGUCAUCCCUAUGUGCACACUUGUUUAUAUGAAAAUUCAUGGUUGAAUAAACUUGACUGUAACACCUCUGUCGGGUCUGAUAGGUAUCCUUGUGUGAUAUUAGAUUAAAUGCAGGGAAUGCCAAGUAGAUUGUUUGCUCCAAAUAGUUUUACUUGCAUUAAGAAAAAUUAAAAAGAUGAAGAAUUAACACAA